AUGGAUCUGCUCCUAGGCAUGCUAGCGGGCAACCUAGUGGCCAAUGCCCUUCCGUAUAUGGUUUCUUCCAUCGGCAACGUGAAGAGACCAAAACGUGUCGAUAUUCAAGCGGCGUUUCGGGAGGCGCGCAACUGCCGUCCUGUCAUUCCAUACCGGGCGCCGACACCUUAUAGGGGAGGACGUGUGAAAGCCCUUUUCAUUGGCAUCAACUACACAGGGACGCAGAGCCAACUCAGCGGGUGUGUCAACGAUGUAAGGCAAAUGCUUGGUACUCUCCAACGCAUCCAGUUUCCCAUAUCGGAGUGCUGUAUUUUGGUGGACGAUCCAAAGUUUCCCAACUACACGGCCAUGCCGACCCGUGAAAAUAUUAUCAGGCACAUGGCGUGGUUGGUGCACGAUGUGCGCCCAGGGGACGUGCUGUUCUUCCACUACUCCGGGCACGGGACGCAAACGCGGGCGGAACACGAUGCAGAGGAGGAGUACGACCAGUGUCUUGUGCCAUUGGACUAUGAAUCACGUGGUGCCAUCCUUGACGACGAUUUGUUUGCAUUGCUGGUGCGGCCCCUCCCUGCUGGGGUACGCAUGACGGCCGUCUUUGACUGUUGCCAUUCCGCUUCAUUGCUGGACCUGCCAUUCGCCUUUGUGGGCGGCAACAAUAUGCUUUCUGGCGCGCGACAUGAGAUGCGGAUGGUUCGUCGCAAUAAUUUCUCCCAGGGUGAUGUGGUCAUGUUCAGCGGCUGCUCAGACUCUGGAACAAGUGCAGACGUGGCGAAUACGGCGUCGUUUGGAGCGGGUUCUGUGGCUGCUGGUGGGGCCGCUACGCAGGCACUGACCUGGGCGUUGACAAAUACCUCAGGGCUCAGUUAUGCGGAUAUUUUCGUUAAAACACGCGAAAUGCUUCGGAAUAAAAAGUACAGGCAGGUGCCUCAGUUGUCAAGCUCCAAACCAGUUGACUUGUACAAACCAUUCUCUCUGUUCGGCGCAAUUACAGUGAACCAGAACCUCAUGCACUACAUGCCGCAACAAUAUCAGCAGCCGUAUUAUCCUCCUCCGCAACUAUAUCAGCAGCCAUAUUAUCCUCCUCCUCAGCAGCAGCAGCAGCAGCAGCAGCCGUAUUAUGCUCCUCCUCGGCAGCAGCAGCAGCAGCCGUAUUAUCCUCCUCCUCCUCAGCAGCAGCAGCAGCCAUAUUAUCCCCAAGCGGCGCAGGGAAUUCCUAUCAUGCCUGCGUCAAGUGGAGCUCCACCAGGACAGUACCCACAAGCUCUCCCUGGCCUACAACACUCCAGUCCAUCCUCACAGUAUCCCCCUGUGCAGUAUUCGUCAGCACAUUACACAGGGACUGGGGGGAAGCCCCUUUGA